GCCACGGUGGAGCAAACGAUAAGCUGAUAAGCUAACAGUAGUAUCUUCAGCUUCAGGCCUUGAGCGCCAGCGCAGCCUAGGCACAGCUCUGCUGAACUGCGAAGCCUGGAAAUCAUGGCGAGAGCUUGCAACCACGCGCUGAGGCUGCUGCCGAAUCCGGCCACGACGCCGCUCCCAGGCAGCCGAAGCCGCGGCGCCCGAUGCAGAAACCUCGCCGUUCACGCGCAGCUCUCGACUGAAGACGACGAGCCAUUGAAGAAAGUGCAAAUCACGCAGGGCGUCCGAAGGAGCCGCCGGAGGGGAACCGGCGGCGCGCGGCAGAGCCUGGUCUCCGUGGGAACGGCACGCGGCGGAGGGGAUCAGUGGAGCAGCGACUUCGACCUGACGAUGCGGCAGCUGCACCUGGACGAUCUUAUCGAGGACGGGCAGAGGGACGCCGAUGUGCUCGUGCACCUUGUAGUUCAGCAGCACACUCAGUUUGGGAUGUCAAUAAAAGGGCGAGUCCUGACAUCGUUCAGAAAAAAUUGCGAUUCCUGCUCCUCGCCCUACUGCACAAACAUCGAUGAGCAGUUCAAUCUCACGGUUCUGUCGUCAUCUAGAAGAGAUCAGAGCGGGCUGCCUUAUCUCGGCGAUAGUGAUCCGUCGGUCAUCUAUGUGAGACCGGGAGAGGAAGUUGAUCUUGAUUCGGUAAUCCAAGAGACCGUACGAUUAACGGCAUCGGCUAAGAGCUCCUGUUCAGAGGCCUGCGAAAAGUCUACGGUCGUAUGGCAAAAUGGUAGUAACCAGAGAAAGAAGAUUUCCAGCCAAAGGUGGUCAAAACUCCUUGAUCUAAAGAAAACCCUGGAUAAAGCUCCUAAGUGAAUUAGUACUGUGCAUUACUGAAUUACAGAUGGAGCUUCAUCCUGCAAUGCUACAUACAGUGCAUUCCAUAUGCCGGGUACUACUGCCAAAAUGAUGCUGGAAUUCAAGUUGAAAGUUGCAACCACUUGUUUCGAUCAGAAGAUAGAUUGAUGGUUUGUAACCUACUGGCUAUCUGAUCUGAAUGGUAUAUCUGUGAAACUAAGAUAGUCAUUUGUAAUGUAAAGAAUAAACAUCAAUGGGUAUGAUUUGCCAUUGACCGGUCAUGUUCAUAACUCAAAUACAGGGUAACACAAUUUACUGUACCCAGUUCA